CGCCCGCGUCACAUGACCCGCCAGCGCGUCACGUGGGGCUGCGGAGCCGGAGAUGCGGCGGCCGGGGGCGAGCGGGCCCGGGUUCGGGCCCGGGCUCCGCGCCUGGCUCCUGCGGCUGCUGCUCGGGCUGGCGGCCUGGCGGGGCGGCGCGGCCGGGCGGAGCCCGGUGUGCGGCUGCUGCCCGGGCCCGGCGCGGAGCGGCUCCAGCGUGGCCCGUUACUGCGGGGCGCACCCGGCCUUGGAGCUGCAGGGGCGCUGCUGCCUGGGGCCGGGGCCGGGGCCGGGGCCGGCUGCCAUCGUGGGGCUGGAUCUGGGCAACUGCUCCCUGACGUUCCUCUGUGCUGCCUUCCCGGAUGCCAGCGCUGCUGUUGUCAUUGACCUGACAGAGAACCCCCUGGAGAACAUCCCCAACACCUCCUUCCAGGGCUUCACCAGGCUGCAGAGCAUAUCCCUGCCGCUUGCCCUGGAAUGCCCUGGAGGGAGCAUGGCCUGGGACCGCAUCACCACCCAAGGGGACAGCCGAACCUGCCAGGGGCAGAAGAACCCCUGCAACAGCUCGGGGGAUCUUGCCUGGCUGUGCCCAGAGAACUCCCUGUGUAGCCCCAACGGCCCUGGGCUCGUCCAGUGCAUGUGCUCCGGGAGCUACCAUGGCUACAAGUGUCUGCGUGAGGGCACCUUUCCCGUGCUGCUCUUCUAUGGGAUCCUGGGAGCUGUGACGACCAGCCUGUCCCUGCUGGCCUGGGGCACCCAGCGCCGAAAAGCCAAGGCCUCCUGAGCCCCUCCUGGAGGACAGGGGAAGGGUGGAGACUGGGCGGGGGGCCUGUGCUGGGCUCCUCUCCAGCCACUGAGCUCGCUGUGCUGCCAUGUGCUGGUUCCCUCGCUUCACCUGCCCAUGGACUCUGGGGGGCAGCGCCCUGGAACGGUCCAGCUGCCCUCUGCGCUGGCUGCCUACGCCCCAUCAUUCUGUGCCAGUGGAGGAAACCUGGCCUCAGGCCAAGCUCACUCCCUGAGCGCAAAGCCCCAGCCUGCACUAUGGGCACCCUGCCUCGCCCCUCCCCAGACCACCCCUAGGGUCCCCCAAUCUCACUGCCCUGCCCUCUCAAGGUGAGUCUCCUGCAGGGUGCUCUGCGCAGGUCACACCCACUUGGAGCCUGUGGCUGGGGAGCAGCCCGCUCCCUGAGCACAGGUCUUCUCUGAGCAGGACAUGGGUGCUGGCCUGCAAGGUCCCCCGUGGAAUGGAGGCUUCUGGGUCUGACACCCUCUGCCCCAAGUCUUGGAUCCACAGUGCUGAGCUAUGCCCCAGCCUGGGAACAGUCCCUGGGAGGAGCCCUUCAGUGGGCCAGAGCCCCCAGGGUCUCACUCUUCCCCCAGGGUGAGCCACGCAGCCUCACCACCUCCUGAGACUGGGUCCCUGGGCCUGCAGCCACCUGCCCGACUCCAGGAGCUCUGGGCAGCGAGUCUGGGAGAGACCCUGGGGAGACGUGUCCCAUCUGGGGGAGCAGCACCCAGCCAGUGCGGGCAGACAGGCGGGUGUAUCUGUGGCCUGGCACAUGGCACAGGCAGCCCUGGGGUAGCCAGGGAAAUGAGGAUUAAAGGCUGACCAAGCUCCAAUGAAUCCCA